UUUCUGUUUAAGUUAAUAAUCGAUCUUAAAGAUUUUCUAAUUUUUUCAAUUUAGCACUAAAAUGAUUCUGUUAACUUUGAUGCACUUAUUUAACUUCAUAUUGGCAAAUAGUAAUUUUUAUUCACCUAUGGGCUCACAACAGUCUUUACGGCAGAACAUAAAGAAAUUAACAAAAGGAAAAUUGGAUUUUUCCAGUAAAUCAUUACCAUUUGACAAGAAUGAACUAUCAGAUACCACUCCAAAAAAUUACAGCAAGUACGACUUUGUUGUGAUAGGAGCGGGAACUGCUGGAUCAACUAUUGCUUCACGGCUCAGUGAGAUGAAAAAUAUAACAGUUUUAUUAAUCGAAGCCGGUGGAAAAGAAUAUUCUAUUAUUGAUAUACCGGGAAUGGCUAUUCCUCUUCAAUACAGCAAUGAUAUAAACUGGAAAUAUGAAACUGAAAGUUCUGAUAGAUAUUGUCUCGGAUUGGAAAAUCACAAAUGUAACUGGCCUAGAGGUAAAGUUAUGGGAGGAAGUAGCGCUAUUAAUUACAUGCUGGCAACUAGAGGUAAUCAAAGAGAUUACGAUCAAUGGGCAAACGCAACAGGAGACGAAUCAUGGUCUUUCAGAAAUAUGCUGAAAUAUUUUCAGAAAAUGGAGCAUUUUUACGAAAGAAAUGUACCGGCAGAUAGUGCAUUUCACGGCACAAAUGGCCCAUUACAUAUAAGUGGUCCUCAACAAAAAAGCAAAUUAACAGAUGCAUUUAUUCAAGCAGGUAAGGAAUUGCAUUAUCCCGAAGUUGAUUACAACGGUCUCGAACAACGAGGCUUUUCAUAUCAUCAAUCGGCGAUAUAUGAAGGCGAAAGAUGGAGUAACAAUAGAGCAUAUCUUCGAUUAGCUAAAGGCAGAAAAAAUCUCUUUGUAACUCAACACAGCCAUGUGCAUAAAAUUUUGAUAAAUAAACAUACAAAAUCUGCAUACGGUGUACGAUAUUCUAAAAAUGGUAAAGUUUAUGAGGUUAGCGCACAAAAAGAAAUUAUCCUAUGUGCUGGUUCAGUGAAUUCUCCACAAAUUCUGAUGCUUUCUGGUAUUGGACCAUCGAAGCACUUACGUGACAUGAAUAUUGACGUGAUUAAAGAUGCUGCAGUUGGUGAAAAUUUGAUAGAUCACAUUGGAUAUACUGGAAUAGCUUUCAAAGCGAAUGAUUUUACUGAUUCUAAUAAUUUAAGCUUAGUCGAUCCGAAAAAUCCUGCGUUAAAAAAUUAUCUAAAGUCUAGAACUGGACCACUGGCAUUAGGACUGAAUUCUGGUGGAAUAGCAUUUAUCAACGUAGACGAUGCAAACAAAUCUUAUCCUAAUUUAGAACUUCUUUUCAAUUUAUUCAGUAGUUUGAAAGAUCCUUUGUUUGCUACAACAUUUGGAGUAAAUAAGGAAUAUCAGAAACAAUUGUUUACUAAUGAAGCGAAUGGUAAUUCUUGGACGAUUUGGCCAAUCGUGAUAAAGCCUUAUAGUCGCGGGAAAAUACUUUUGAGUAGCAAUAACCCAUUUGAUAAGCUUAAAAUUUAUCCCAAUUAUUUAGAAGAUUCUCGAGAUGUUCAAGUUUUGGUGAAAGGUAUAAGAAUGGUAAUUAAAUUGAGCCAAACUAAAGCGUUUCAAGAACAAGGUUCAAAAAUGUACGAAGUUCCGUUGCCCUGUGAUAAUCACAAAGAAGAUUCAGAUGAGUAUUGGGAGUGUGCUGCAAGAACGUAUACUGGUACAAUUUAUCAUCCUGUAGGAACAUGCAAGAUGGGUCGAGAAGAUGACAAUAGUUCAGUUGUAAAUUCCCAACUAAAAGUUAUUGGUGUGAAAGGUCUUAGAAUAGUUGAUGCUUCUGUAAUGCCAGAUAUAAUUUGUGGACAUACCAACAUUCCUGUUACUGCAAUUGCUGAGAAAGCUUAUGAUAUAAUUAAGAAAGAUUAUGAUUUUUAAACAAAAUACCAAUAAUGAUAAUGUGGUAUGUUUCCGUGAAUAUUUAUACUACAAGUAAUUUUAUUUUUCGCACAAGCAUAAGAUAAGAUAAUAGUACGAGACUAUUGCCGUAACGAUAUUUGAGUUACAAAAAAAUAAUUAGUAAUUUUAUAAUCAGCUUAUUUAUUUGUUUGUUACUUUUUAAUGAACUUAGAUGUUCUGAAAUAAAAUCCCCUAAAACGAUUCCAACUAUUUAGAAAAUUUGUUUAACUUUUAAUUUGACAGUGAAUAGAAUCCAUAGAUCUAAGGCUAAGAACUUAUAUUAGUAGCAGCGACCAAAUGACUACGUAAAAGUAGUCCGAAUAUUUCACGAGUAGAACCCCUCCCCCCACAACUUAUAACCAAAAAAACAUCCUUGAAUAUUGGCAUAUAUAUCCUUAGCACAAUCGCCUUUGGUGAGAAAUUUAUGGAUUUAAUUAAAAAGAAACAUGGUUACUAUAGCAAUGGUAUAGUUGUCUUGUUAUAAUAGUGCGAAUCAACUCGUUUAAAAUAAUACAUUUCGAUACUAGUGCGAGAAACUAAUUUCAGCAUCGUGUAGACGUUUAAAAAAAUAUGGAUAAAUAUCUCAGUGAUUGUUAAUAUGAGGCAAGCAAUGGAUUUGAUCAAAAUUAAGUAAAAUUAUUAGAAGCCUGAAGAUUUCACUUUUUACUUAAAUAAACGUAAAUAAACUGUUUGUUCCGUUAAUUUGACGCACUUAUAAAACCAGUUUGUGAAUAUAACAAGUUUAAAAAUAAAAUUGCAUAUCAACUCAA